GUGGUUCGUUCGCUCGGCUAUAAAGUAAUGUGUCGACGGCUGGAACGGACGGAAUCGGACCCUGAGAAAACCACAUGGCACUAGCGAUGGCUGACGAAACACCGAGGGAGACGUUACUGAUCCAAGUGAAAGAACAGGGCGAGCUAGUGCGACGAUUGAAAGCUGCGAAGGCCGAAAACACGCAGGAACACAGAGAACAGCCUGACAUCAACGUUGAGUUAGAGAGCUUGAACAAUGACUUUGCGGAUGUCAGUUAUGUGUGUGGUUGGUGCCCAACGUCCAAAGAUACCAAACUGUUCGACACGUUGCGUGUCAUCCUUAACGAUAACGAGCUUGCAAGGUGGCCGCAUCUGAACAGAUGGUAUAUUAAUAUUAAAAGCUUCACUCGGGGAGAACGUCUAGGGUUUCCCGCUGCGGAAGCACCACUAACUCCCCUGGCAAAAAUGAUCGAGCGGCUAAAGAGUAUUCACUGUAGUAGCAAAAAUAUGCUAGAUAAAAAGAUAGCGGAUGAAGUCGCGAAACUGCUGGAUCUGAAGGCGAAGUUGGGCGAGGAAAAUGGUUGUCCCCAUAAGCUCAUCCUCAAAACGCCUAAAGGCACGAGGGACUAUAAUCCGGAGCAAAUGGCACUGCGAUUGGGAGUACUAGAGAAAAUAAUCGCGGUAUUUAAGCGCCACGGUGCGGAGACCAUAGACACGCCUGUAUUCGAGCUGAAAGAUGUCUUGACGGGCAAAUACGGUGAGGAUUCCAAGCUCAUCUACGACUUGAAGGACCAAGGCGGCGAGCUCCUCGCCCUUAGAUACGAUUUGACAGUUCCUUUCGCGAGGUAUCUGGCCAUGAACAAAAUAUCUUCCAUCAAGAGGUAUCACAUUGCGAAGGUCUAUCGAAGAGAUAAUCCAGCUACCACGAAAGGGAGAUACAGAGAAUUUUAUCAGUGUGAUUUCGACAUUGCUGGCCAGUACGAUCCGAUGCUACCGGAUGCGGAGUGCAUUCGAGUCGUGUCCGAGGCGUUGCAGGCUCUGGAUCUGGGACCGUACAUGAUCAAAUUGAAUCACAGGUCCCUGCUGGACGGCGUGUUCGCCGCGUGUGGCGUGCCGCAAAGCAAGUUCCGCAGUAUCUGCUCCGCCGUGGAUAAAUUGGACAAAAGCCCGUGGGAGGAGGUGAAGAAAGAGAUGACGGAGGAGAAGGGGCUCGACGAGCAUACCGCCGACCUCGUGGGCAACUACGUCUCCCAGUCUGGCGGAGUCGAACUGAUAGCCGAGCUAAGAAAAGAUAAAGAACUGAUGAAACAGCCUGCCGCCGUACAAGGAUUGAAUUCUAUGGAACUGCUACUGAAAUAUUGUGAUAUUUACAAGAUUCUCGACAAAAUCGAGUUCGACUUGAGCCUCGCGAGGGGACUCGAUUACUACACAGGCGUCAUUUACGAAGCUAUAUUGUGCGGAGAUGACGUCGGCGUUGGUAGCGUGGCCGGUGGUGGUCGUUACGACAAUCUAGUGGGAAUGUUCGACAGUAAGAACAAAACUGUACCCUGCGUGGGUGUGUCGCUGGGCGUCGAGCGGAUAUUCAGCGUCAUGGAGGCGAAACUGGCGAACAAAGGUAUGAAGACGCGCACUACCCAGCUCGAGGUGUUCGUGGCGAGCGCGCAGAAGAAUAUGCAAGAGGAGAGAAUGAAGAUACUGGUGGAUCUGUGGGAAGCCGGAGUGAAGGCGGAGCACUCGUACAAGAAGAACGCAAAGAUUCUGCAGCAGCUGCAGCACUGCGAGGAGAACGGCAUUCCGCUGGCGAUAAUCAUUGGAGAGGGUGAACUGGCUAAGGGUGAAGUUACGCUGCGAGUCGUCUCGACGCGGGAGGAGACUCGCGUGUCGCGCAAUAAUCUCGUCGAGGAAAUACGGAAACGACUGGGAGCGUUAUCGGGCGCGUGAUAACGAGUUUUUCUCUCAUACGUACUUCCCGCAGUUAGGAGAGAGUUAACAUUCGGUACAACGUUGAACGUUUACGUCGCAAACAUUUAGUUCCAUUAUAAUCCGUGUAAAUCCGCGGAUAAAGUUUAUUUAUUAGACUUUGGUCACGCGGUAACGGUUUCCUCCCGCAUAUACGUACUUUAAGCAGUGAAAAAACCAAGAUUAACGUUCACUACAGGAGAAUAUUUAUAUUGCAUUUAGUCUUUGUUUUUUCCACUUAUGUUAACCCCCGUAGAAAUGCAGUCCACUUACUACAUUUUGCACCGAUGUGCCGUGUUACCGUCGAGCGACAAGCUCCUCGUCAUAGAUAGACGCGAAUUGUGAAUGCACGAGGACGGAAUCUUGCAUUCGUCACGUGUAUACAAAUUCCUUGAACUUGAAUCUUUCCGAUUCUUACGAUAAUCCACAGCUCCGAGCUACCGCUCGAGAAACCAAAUAUACUUUUAUAAUUUAUUCUGAAAGAACUUGUCAAUAAAGAGUUUUACGU